UGAAAAAGCUCGUCGUCAGAGGGAGCUGAAAGCAAGGCAUUAUCAUAUUUUGAUAUUGGAAAUUGUGAGUCUCUCUCUUCUGUCUGAUCGUCAUUGUAAAAAUGAAAAUAUACCACGACACAAGGUAAAAUUUGCGCAGUCCAUUGAAUAAAUCGUAUUCGUACGGCGCAAUGUCCAAUAUUGCGUUCUCUCGAAUAUGGCGAAAGUAGUCGGUUUACGUGUUGUGAUAAGUGCUAUCUUGUGACUUACUAUGUUCGAAAAUGGAUAGUAACAAAAAUACAUAUACGAAGGAAGUGUGAUAACUGUGUACAUACGAGAUAAUUAAGAAAAAAAACAGGCAGAAUGUCAACGGACAAAAUAAAAGUAGCCGUAAGGCUCCGUCCUUUUAAUCGAAGAGAGCUUGAGCUAGGAACGCAAUGCGUUGUGGAAAUGGAAGAACAGCAAACCAUUCUUCACCAACCUACGACUCUCGAUAAAGUGGAUAGAAAACAGUUGAAAACCUUCGCAUUUGAUCAUUGCUUCUGUUCGGUGGAUCCAAAUCAAGAAAACUUCGCUUCUCAGGAUGUCGUUUUCGAUUCUCUAGGCAGAGAUAUUCUAGAGAAUGCUUUCCAAGGGUACAAUGCAUGCAUAUUUGCUUAUGGACAGACAGGAUCGGGCAAAUCGUACACAAUGAUGGGCUCACAAGACAACAAAGGAAUAAUUCCCCGGUUAUGCGAUACACUGUUUGGCCUAAUAGCAGAAAGACAAAACUCGGAGCUCUCUUACAAAGUGGAAGUUAGCUACAUGGAGAUUUACAAUGAACGCGUGCAUGACUUACUGGACCCUCAAACGAACAAACAGUCUCUAAAGGUUCGAGAACACAAUGUUUUGGGACCUUAUGUGGAUGGACUUUCUCAACUAGCGGUAACAGCAUUCCACGAUAUCGAUAACUUAAUGGCAGAAGGAAACAAAUCAAGGACAGUAGCAGCCACUAACAUGAAUAGUGAAUCAUCUCGGUCUCAUGCAGUAUUCACGGUAAUUCUAACACAAACCUUAACUGACACGAAAAGCGGGGUAACUGGGGAAAAAGUCAGUCGCAUGUCCUUAGUUGACUUGGCCGGGUCUGAGCGAGCUGUGAAAACUGGAGCUGUGGGAGAUCGACUCAAAGAAGGGUCGAACAUUAACAAGUCUCUUACUACCUUGGGUCUAGUCAUCUCGAAAUUGGCAGAUCAAUCCUCUGGGAAGCAAAAAGACAAGUUCGUGCCAUACCGAGACUCAGUGUUAACAUGGUUGCUAAAGGAUAAUUUGGGAGGAAAUAGUAAGACUGUGAUGGUCGCUACAAUUUCACCAGCAGCGGAUAAUUACGAAGAAACGUUGUCUACUUUGAGAUAUGCGGACCGAGCAAAGAGGAUAGUCAAUCACGCAGUGGUUAAUGAGGAUCCUAAUGCCAGAAUCAUCAGACAGCUAAGAGCAGAAGUGGAAACAUUGAAGGAAAUGCUAAAACAUGCCACGGGUUCACCAGUGGGAGAUAUUCAGCGUGUAGACAUUCACCAAAAGUUAAGCGAGAGUGAGAAGCUUUACAAAGAAGUAUCACAAACUUGGGAAGAGAAGCUCAUGAAAACUGAACGAAUACAGAACGAACGUCAACAAGCGCUGGAAAAAAUGGGCAUCAGCAUUCAAGACUCCGGCAUCAAAGUAGAGAAAAAUAAAUAUUAUUUAGUCAAUUUAAAUGCAGACCCAUACCUAAAUGAACUGCUGGUAUAUUAUCUGAAAGAUUGCACGGUAGUUGGGCAAAAAACUGGCUCGACAUGUGGGCCUGAUAUACAGUUAUCAGGCCUUGGCAUCCAGGAAGAACAUUGUAUUAUAACAAUAGAAGAAAAUGGGUUGUUUUUAGAACCUCUUGCCAAUGCGAGAUCUUGCGUAAAUGGUUCCCAGGUUAGCCAGAAAACCCAACUGAGACACGGAGACCGGAUUGUUUGGGGAAACCAUCACUACUUUCGGGUGAACUGUCCUAGAUCGAUUUCAGCUACAUCCGAGCCCCAAACACCCGCACAAUAUAUUGAUUACAAUUUCGCGCGGGACGAGCUUAUGACCAAUGAGCUGAGCAACGAUCCCAUACAAGCUGCUAUUGCAAGGCUAGAAAGGCAACAUGAGGAAGACAAGCAAGUCGCUCUGGAAAAACAAAGAGUCGAAUACGAGAGGCAAUUCCAGCAACUGAGAAAUAUGGUAUCUCCUUCUACGCCAUACUCUCCAUAUCCGUACGAUCCCCUGAGAAUUGGAUUAAGCAAAACAACGCCGUGCACCCCGACUACUCAGAUGAGGGUGGAGAAAUGGGCUCAAGAAAGAGAUGAAAUGUUUAGAAGAAGUAUUGGGCAGCUGAAGGAAGAUAUCUUGAAAGCCAACUCUUUGGUGCAAGAUGCAAACUCGCUAGCAGAAGAAAUGGGGAGACAAACGAAGUUCAGUGUCACGCUGCAGAUUCCUCCUGAGAACUUGAGUCCAAAUAGAAAGAAAGGCGCCUUCGUGAGUGAGCCUGCGAUAUUGGUCAAGAGGGGCAUAUCUAGUCAAGUUUGGACCAUGAAGAAGCUGGAAGACAAAAUCGUCGAUAUGAGGGAGUUGUAUGAAGAGCACCAACGAAGAGGAGGCACGUUUAACGUGAGAAAUUCACUUGAAACAAUAAAGGCGGUCGAACACAAAGCAUUGUUUCAGGAGUCAAACAUGAUAGAACCAGACCCUUUCUUCGAAUCACAAGAGAAUCACAAUUUAAUCGGAGUGGCAAAUAUAUUCUUAGAAGCUUUAUUCCAUGAAGUCAGCUUGGAUUAUCACACCCCUAUAAUAAGUCAACAGGGAGAAGUUGCUGGUCGUCUACAGGUUGAAUUGAGCAGAGUAUCAGGUACUUUACCACAAGACCGAAUUUGUGAGGCAGCUUCGGACAGCUCCUCGGACUGUAGCCAUGAUGAAGAAGAUCAAGCUAGUUCCGCUGUUACCUGUCGCGUUCACAUUAAACAAGCGACAGGACUUCCUCUGUCGUUGUCUCACUUUGUAUUUUGCCACUACACAUUCUGGAGCCAUGAGGAAGUUGCGGUUCCAGACAAAAACAUUGGGGAAAACAGCCAGAAACAUUCAACUACAGCGAAGUUUGAUGACAGCCGAGAUUUCACAGUAACUCUAUCUGAGGAGUUUAUAGAGCAUUGUGCAGAAGGCGCCCUAUCAAUAGAAGUAUGGGGAAAUAGAAGCGCAGGAUUUUCCAAAUACAAACCAGGCUGGGAAGUUGAGCAACAACUAGCAACUGCACGUUCCUUGCUAGAUAGAUGGUCGGAGCUAACGAGAAAAAUCGAGCUCUGGGUGGAGAUUCAAGAGCUGAACGAUCUGGGAGAAUAUGCGGGAGUAGAAGUGCUAAUGAGGACCGAUAUGUUAACCGGGGGAAUUUAUCAGUUAAGACAAGGGCAACAAAGGCGGAUACAAGUCAGAGUAAAGCCGGUUCAAAAUUCUGGUACUUUGCCCAUAAUAUGCCAGCAAAUUAUGAAGAUUGAAGUCGGUGGCGUGAUGGUUCGGAAUCGGCUACAAAAGCCUCUGGAUUCAUAUCAGGAAGAAGAUCUGACUGUAUUGCGCGAAAAAUGGAACGAUGCGCUAACAAAGCGCAAGCAAUAUUUGCAUUCUCAGCUUCAGAAUUUAUCCGAAAAACUAGACAAAUCAGAACAAGACUUGGAAAGAGAAAAGAGCCUCAUGGAGCAACUUGUUAACCUUACUGAGGAAACUAAUGCUGUGUAUGUACCUCAACCUGGAACUGGAAUACCUGGAGCUCCUGCCAUGUGGAGCCCUCCGCCCGGAAUGGAGCCACAUGUUCCUGUAUUGUUUUUGGAUUUGAAUGCUGACGAUUUAUCAACGCAUCCUUCAGGAGAGGAAGUAACCGCAGCCGGAAUCAACUCAAUUUUGCCGAAGGAGGACGGAAGGCAAUUUUACGAGUUAAAGAUUUUACACACUUUAGAUAAAGAUGUUUGCUCAAUUGCCAGUUGGGAUUCUUCCAUUCAUGAUAGCCAAUAUCUCAACAAAAUCACUGAACCCAACGAACGAGUGUAUAUGAUUCUGAGAAUCACUGUACGCCUAUCUUAUCCAGCGACAAUGGACCUGGUCCUAAGAAAGAGAUUAGCCAUUAACAUAUACAAAAAGCAGAGUUUAACAGAAAGAAUCAAGAAAAAAAUUGCCAGAACCGAUCUUAUAACAAACUGUGGCGUGACGUAUUUAGUGGUAUCCAACGUGCCUAAAGCUAGUGAAGAAUUGGAAGAUCGGGAAAGUCUUGCUCAGCUAGCUGCUUCAGGAGACAACAACACUUCGCUUUGUGAUGGAGAAACUUAUAUAGAAAAAUACACAAGAGGUGUGAGUGCAGUGGAAGGCAUCCUUAGUUUGGACCGGCUACGUCAAAACGUAGCUGUUAAAGAACUGUUACAAGCCAAAGGACAGCCUCUCAUGAGGAAAACCGUUAGCGUUCCCAACUUCUCCCAGCUGAUGAGAUUCGAUACGUUGAGCACCGAAUCCCUGCACAUGUCAAGGUCCGAAAGCGUAUCUGAGCUGAAUAGUGAGUUGCAUGGCUUGAGUCCUGCAAGGCCGCGCUCCAGCGUUGGCAAAGAGGAAAUAACUCCUCCCAAAACCUAUGGCGGACUUGGCUCCAUUCUAUCAGCCCGCCCCACAUUCCUAAAUCUGAACUUAAAUUUGAAUUCCCUAAGAUUGCAACAACCAACGAGCAGUACCAAAAUAUUCUCCGGCAUGGUAUCGCCAGCUAAUACCAAGAUGGGGCUAAGAAUGACAACGUUACACGAGGAGCCUUUGAAAUCUCUGCCACGAAAACAUUCAUUUGAUUUUCUGACUGACGAACCCAUUGCAGAACAGUGCGAGGAUGGAUUGGACGAGAAAAUGAACAGCCAGUUUAGUCACAGAGCUGAGAAGAUCACCAGAAGGGGGUUGCUGCCAACAUCCCGUACUCUGGAUUCGCUAACAGAACUGGCCCCUAAAGCGACCACGCCAUCAGCCAGUUCCAGUGGCUACGGAUCUCAAGCAGUCUCAAUCACCAAUCUUUCCAGUGAUGAUUCCAUGUCACUGAGGAGUAUAAGUGUAGACGAAACACCUGAUAUUGAAUCUAAACCUCUUCACACUGACUUGCAACCGGUUUCCGAGCUGGCUCAAGUCACUAGCUUUGACCGACUCGCAUUACCAGAAGAUGAUCCUGAUGAGCCUACAGCCAAUGACGGAAGCUCGGAGGACUUGGUGCAAAGUUCGAACAGCGAUUCGAAUCCAAUACCGGAAAUCGAAACCGUGAUUAAACCCAAUUUAUUAUCCGGAAAGGUAAUUCGCAGGAAAAAACAUUCAUCGGCCAAAAAUUCAAGUGUGAGAGCGUCAUUUCCCCAAUCGCGCCUUGGUUCUAACAAGUCUGUAGAGAAGCUAAACAUUAUGAGUUUGAGCUUGUCGUCACAUGAAGAUGAUGCACUGCACAGCUCUACAGACAGAUUGGAAGACGAUAGGCAUAGUAGCUUUGGUUCAAGACCAGACUUAACUAAACUAUCUGAUGUUCCUGUCCCAGAAUGGGUGGUGCUUGGUGAAAGUGUUCUCAUACGCCCCUAUAAUUCAUCAGGAGUGGUGGCUUAUGUAGGAGAAACUGAUUUCGCUUCUGGGACCUGGAUUGGCAUUGAACUGGAUGCGCCUAAAGGGAAAAAUGAUGGAAGCGUUGGAGGCGCCCGAUAUUUCACGUGUAAGCCAAAGCAUGGGAUGUUUGUGAGAGCUGACAAGUUAAUUCUCGAUCGUCGAGGAAGAGCCAUGCGGUUGGAUAAAGCCGCAAAUAAAAGUCUGUUAAAUAAAGAUGCGUCUCUUCAUCGGUCAAAAUCGAGAAACAGCGGGCUAAACAAUGUGGGUACGCGAAUGAGCUCAAAGGCAAAAUAAAGAUGAUUUUUCUAUUAGAGAUAUUUAUAUAACCAUCCAUUCGUUCCACCCUUAUUGUUGCCGUUAGCCGUGUUUCAACGCGGCACAUUUGUAUCUAUAUGUGUGCCGUCCAUAACAUGGCAUUAUAUAAUCGUCCUUGCCAUUUCAUAGUUCCGUAAAAAAUACACUGUUUGCUGCACUAAAUAUUAUCUCCACAUUUGCCACCUCUAUGGUAAAAACUAUUCUUGCGCAAAACUGUUGCAAUCAAAGAAAUCAAAAUCAUCAACGAGCUUUGCAAUAAUUUGAGUUGUAUAUGUUCAGCCACAUAUCUACCUCCGCUUUGGAAAACACAAUUAACCAGUGAAAUUUAGUGAUUAGGAUUUUAUCAGAACUGUGGUACAGUGUUAUCUAAUUUUUAGCUAAUAGGUCACAUGCGGCCGAACAGGGCAAACACUUACAAGCACUGACCAAGUUGUGUUUGUUUCCUCACUAGUUUUCUUAUUUUAAGCAUUUAUUUCUGUGAUAUUGUUAGUUUACACAGGAGCACUCUUAAAACUUCCACGCUACAAGAUACGCAUUUUUCUGCAGAGUGAUUCAAAAAUAUCAAAUAGACAUCGUAAGUAGGUUUUCGCAAAAAUUUCUACUGAAAUCAACUCAAAGAGCAUAGUAACGCUGUGAAUGAAUGAGGGCACAUUGCAUGUUGUUUUUUAUGAAAAUAAAUAAUAAUGUUCGCUGUGAAGCGAUAUCAGAAACUCGUGUUGUAAGUUAUCGAAGUGUAUUUCUGAAUCACGCUGUAUAUUCGACACAACACCUGACUGGUCAGUUUUAUUGACGCUGCAUGCAACAAAAGUUCAUUUUCGCGUGCUUUGAAAGCUAUGAGCAGGUUUAUAGAUUGUGUAACUUUAAUAAACAGUUAGUAGUCGAACAUAAAGUAUUUAAAGUAUCUGUGUGUCAUUAGAUUAGAGUAAAUUCAAUAGUUACUAUAUUUUUGCUGACAUUUUUUGCUAAAUAAAUGUUAGUAAAUUUAAUUCAGGCUUUUCAUGUGAGUUUGAAUAGACAAUCACUCCAUUUGAAAGGCCAAAUUAAAUCCUGAGGUAAUUGAGUAAAUAGUGAUUUUUCUCUAUUUAUUAAACAAAACAUUCCAUGUUACAUUUGUAUAAGACGCGAUAUUUUCUAGUCCAAUAUGAUUUACGUAAUUAUUGCUCAGUGAUAGGUUAAAUCACCACACUUAAGGUUUAGUCGUCCAAAUUGAUUAGUCUUUUGACGUUGAUCAUUCAGAAUAAAAACUAGACCUUUUACCUGUCCAUUCUAAUAUAAAAUCUGUCCAGUUUAAUACAAUUAGGAGUUAAAUCUCUAUCAUAAUAUAUUUAGAGUGGGUCGAUUUUUGCAGUAUAUUAAGUAGAAAUGUUAACUCCAAUCGAGUUUUUCUUUGGCUUGGAAGUUGAAUAUAGAAAAUUAGCAUCAAACGUUGAUACAACCAAAGAAAAUGGUUGUCUUUGAAAGAAUUCCAAAAAUAGCUGUAGGAAUGAAUACAUACAAUCCCACCCUAAAGAUAAAACAUAAUUCUGUAUUUAGAAGUACAACUGCAUGCAUGCAUACAUAUAUUCUAACUAUGCUGUUUGUACACAGACAAAAAAUAUUUUUUGGUAUUAUGACUUGUAAUAUAGACACACACUCAAUAUCUAUUUUACAUCAAUUAUAACACGAAAAUAAAUACCCAUAUAUAGUGCAGUAUAGUGACGAAAUCAAACAUUUCCAGCAUUUUAUGUCGAUUGUAGACAAUACUUAAAUAAUUUGUCAAAUACCAUUAGCAAUAAUAUAUGUAGAAGGAUCAUUGCGCAUUUGCAAUCAUUGAUUUUCUUUUGCUAGCUUUAGAACAACGUUAAUGUACUUACUUAUAAUAAGACUUAUUUGCUUUCACACUAUAUGCUUCAAUGAGACAAACCACUAUACAUGCAUGUUAUAUUGGAAUAUGAUCCCUUAUUCUGGACCCUCCAUAACAAUCUGUACAUUCACUAAAUGUAAAUAAUAAACAAAAUCAUUUAAAUAUCGGUCUUUAAAUGAGCAAAGCGCUUACUAUUUGUUUUCCAUUUUGUGGGGUUUGUUGUGUUUUUAAUUAUUGUAAGUUAGCCGCAAUUGUAAUUUUUAAGAUAUACAUAUUUUAUAUAUUGUGUACAUUUUUGUUGUUUACCUUAUUAAAUUAUUUUAACUUUUCUAGUUUUAGUAUGCCGAUUAUUUGUAGCUGUGGUCUUACAUGCAAAAUAAAUAUAUGAAUAUUUCAA